UUAGUACUUAGUUAGUCGGCCGGCAAUCGCUUCUCUAAUCUCUUAUAUAUGUGUUAUGUUUUUCCAUACUUUCAAUAAAAAGAUAUGAAUGGAUUUAUUGCUGUACAUUGUGGGGCAGGCUACCAUAGUGAUACUCUAAGAAAGGAUUACCAAAAAACAUGUUAUGUUGCAUGCAAAAAAGCAGCUCAAGCACUUAAUGAGGGAGGAAAUGCUGUAGAUGCCGUAGAAAAAGCUAUAAUUGAAUUAGAAAAUAGUGCACUAACAAAUGCAGGCUAUGGAUCCAAUUUAAGUUGGGAUGGUGUUGUAGAAUGUGAUGCAUCAAUAAUGAAUGGCCAAACACUUCAUUUUGGUGCCUGUGGAGCAGUCUCAAAUGUAUGGAACCCAAUAUCACUAGCAAAACAACUCUGUAUAAAACAAUGUGAUAAUCUUUCACUAGGUAGAGUUCCGCCUUGUAUUCUCACAGGCAAAGGUGCAAAGACAUGGGCUGAAAGAAUGGGAUUAGAAAUUGUUGAUGAUAAGAAAAUGAUAUCUCCUAGAGCAUUUCGGAAUUAUAAACAUUGCAAGAGAAAGUUAAAAAGAUAUUCCUUACAAAACGAUGUAAGAUUUAGUCCUUUAGACACAGUAGGAGCCAUAUGUGUUGACUCAUAUGGAGUUGUUGCAGCUGGAGCAAGUUCUGGUGGGGUUUCUUUAAAACAUGAAGGGAGGGUCGGGCAAGCUGCUUCUUUUGGAAGUGGAGUUUGGGCAGCUAUGAGUAGAGAUGGGACAACACCUUCUGUAGCUUCUUGUACAUCAGGAUGUGGUGAGCAUUUAAUCCGUACACAAUUGGCUAAAAAUACUGCUGAGAGCUUGAUGGAAUCUUCUCCGGUAAUAAGUCUAGAUAAAUGUUUAAAAGAAAAGUUUUUGGAAUCACCAUUUCUGUGGGAUGUACCAGAAAGAUUAGGAGGUGCUUUAUCUUUAAUGUUUAAUCCUCAAAUUGGAGAAGGUGAAUUAUUAUGGGGCCACACUACAAAAACAAUGUGUGUAGGUUACAUGUCAACACAGACGGCAAAGCCUAAGUGCAUUAUGUCAUAUUUACCACCAAUAGUGAUUGCUGGACACAAAGCUGUUGUGUCUGGAGUCCCAUUUAAUGUUCCUACUCAACCAUAUCCUCAAUUUCAAUGGGAAAUUAAAACUGAACAUAGCAUAAAUGGAUCUCUGUGACUUUGCGCUGAAACUAGCUUUACUUAGUAAUUGUAUAUACCUAGUUACUGUCAUAAAUAUUUAUUUUCCAUAUAGAUUAUGAUCUCAUAAAUAGUAAUUAUAAUCAAAAUUGUAUAUUACAAAUAGAAUAAAGUUUACAAUAGAAGAUGUGUACUGCAUUCAUUUAAGAAAUGGGGUCUAAUAAUAUUUAAGAACUAAUUGUGGUCAUGAUAUCUUUUCUACAAAAUAAAAAACAAAAUGAUA